UCACCCCGGUUCAACCACCCGGUACAUGCCUUCGCUUUUUAAAAACCGGCCGCCGUCAUCACCUCGAGACUCAUAAAUCACAGCCCUGACCUGCUGCGGAGGCAGCGGGUGACGGGGCCCUCAAAGCAGCGACGAAUUCAGCCACCUUCGAUGACCCGGGCUUUUCGGUCUUUUCCCCCUCCGCUCCGCGCACAGGGCAUAUCGCGAGGACCGCCCGCCCCACCCUAGCCCCGAAGAUCGUGCUGGUCGUUAGAAAAACAGCCCGGGAACCUCCAUUUCUCCCAGCUCGGGCUAAACCGGGGACUCUUCAAAGCCAUAUCCUGUGACAAUCACAGGGGUUUUCUCCGCCCCGUCGGUGACGGAAAACUCGUGACUCGGACUUGAGCGCGGGGCGGGCGGAAGGCAGCCGGGGGCGGAGCUGCGAGCCCGGCUCGCGAGGAAGCCCCCGACGGGCGGCGCGUGCGCAGUCGCUCUCCACGGGACCUCCUUCCCGCCGCUGAGACUAGGAAGCGGGACGCCAAAUCUGUCCCCGCGCAGCCGCCGCGCCGGGCGCCGAGCGGGGCGGCCGGCCUCCCCGAGGCGCGCCUGUGCACGUUCCCACGCACGCUCCGGCGUACGGCGGCGGCCAGGGGUCGCGAGCCGGUGGAGGACCCGCGCGCGGAGGAGCCCGGCGAGUCAGCGCCUCUUCCCUCCCUCCCCCACUCCCCUCCCCGCUCCCUCCCCCCCUCCCCAAGAAUGUUCCGCUACGAGUCUUUAGAGGAUUGUCCUCUGGACGAAGAUGAAGAUGCCUUUCAGGGCUUGGGAGAGGAAGAUGAAGAGAUUGAUCAAUUCAAUGAUGAUACGUUUGGGUCAGGUGCAGUUGAUGAUGACUGGCAGGAAGCACAUGAGCGCCUGGCUGAACUGGAAGAGAAGCUCCCAGCGGCAGUUAAUGAACAAACGGGCAAUGGAGAAAGGGAUGAGAUGGACUUGCUGGGUGACCAUGAGGAGAAUCUGGCAGAAAGGCUCAGUAAGAUGGUGAUUGAGAAUGAGCUAGAAGAUCCAGCUAUCAUGAGGGCAGUGCAGACCAGGCCAGUCCUGCAACCCCAACCAGGGAGUCUCAAUUCCAGCAUCUGGGAUGGAUCUGAAGUUCUGAGGCGAAUCCGAGGACCACUGCUAACUCAGGAAAUGCCUACAGUGUCUGUAUUAGAAUAUGCCCUGCCUCAGAGGCCCCCACAGGGCCCAGAAGAUGAUCGGGACCUUUCUGAGCGUGCUUUGCCGCGGCGGUCCACGUCACCUGUCAUCGGGAGCCCUCCUGUUAGAGCCGUCCCCAUAGGCACCCCACCUAAGCAGAUGGCUGUACCCAGCUUCAGCCAACAGAUCCUGUGUCCGAAGCCUGUCCAUGUCCGGCCCCCGAUGCCACCGCGCUAUCCUGCUCCCUACAGUGAGAGGGCGUCCCCAAACCAGCUCUGCAGUGUCCCGAACUCUUCCCUGCUGGGUCACCCUUUCCCUCCUAGUGUUCCUCCUGUCCUCAGCCCCCUCCAGAGAGCACAGCUUCUGGGAGGAGCACAGCUGCCGCCUGGACGGAUGUCUCCCAGCCAGUUUGCACGGGUCCCUGGAUUUGUUGGUAGUCCGCUUGCCGCCAUGAAUCCCAAGUUGCUGCAAGGGCGAGUGGGGCAGGUGCUGCCCCCAGCGCCGGGCUUCCGUGCCUUCUUUAGUGCUGCACCCCCCGCCCCACCGCCUCCCCAGCAGCACUCCCCCGGCCCAGGGCCUCACCUGCAAAACCUAAGGUCUCAGGCCCCGAUGUUUAGACCAGACACAACUCACCUCCAUCCCCAGCACCGUCGGCUCUUGCAUCAGAGGCAGCAGCAGAACAGAAAUCAGCAUCGGAGUCUUAACGGUGCAGGAGAUAGAGGAAGUCACCGGAGCAGCCAUCAGGACCAUCUCCGAAAGGACCCCUACGCCAACCUCAUGCUGCAGCGAGAGAAAGACUGGGUCUCUAAAAUUCAGAUGAUGCAGCUACAGAGCACUGACCCCUACCUGGACGAUUUUUAUUACCAAAAUUACUUUGAAAAACUGGAGAAACUGUCAGCUGCUGAAGAAGUGCAAGGUGAAGGCCCUAAAAAGGAGCGUACCAAGCUCAUUACCCCUCAGGUGGCCAAACUGGAGCACGCCUAUAAGCCAGUGCAGUUUGAGGGCUCUCUGGGAAAGCUCACUGUCUCUAGUGUGAAUAAUCCCCGAAAGAUGAUCGAUGCUGUUGUGACAUCUCGGAGUGAGGAUGACGAGACAAAAGAAAAACAGGUUCGGGACAAGAGACGAAAAACCCUGGUCAUAAUUGAGAAAACCUAUAGUUUACUCCUUGAUGUGGAGGAUUAUGAAAGGCGGUAUCUCCUAAGUCUAGAAGAAGAGCGACCUGCCCUGGCGGAUGAAAGAAAGCACAAAAUUUGUUGCAUGUAUGACAACUUAAGGGGGAAAUUGCCUGGACAAGAGAGGCCAAGUGAUGACCACUUUGUGCAGAUCAUGUGUAUCCGAAAAGGGAAGAGAAUGGUUGCCCGUAUUCUUCCUUUCCUCUCCACAGAGCAAGCAGCUGACAUUCUCAUGACAACAGCCAGGAAUCUCCCUUGCCUUAUCAAGAAGGAUGCCCAAGAUGAGGUGCUGCCAUGCUUACUGAGUCCCUUCUCCCUCCUGCUCUAUCACCUUCCAUCAGUGACUGUCACCAGCCUUCUGCAACAGCUAAUGAACCUACCUCAGAGCGCGGCCGCGCCAGCGCCCUCUAACCCUCACCUCGCUGCUGUGCUCCAGAACAAGUUUGGCCUGUCACUGCUCCUCGUCAUCCUGAGCCGUGGGGAAGACCUACAGAGUUCAGAGCCUGCUACAGAACCCACACAGAACAACCAGUGGACACAGGUGAUGUUCAUGGCGACCCGAGAACUUCUGCGGAUUCCCCAAGCAGCCCUGGCCAAGCCAAUCUCAAUACCGACAAACCUGGUAUCCCUCUUUUCUCGCUAUGUUGACCGACAGAAACUGAACUUGCUGGAAACAAAGCUGCAGCUAGUUCAGGGGAUACGAUAAAAGAUCUCCAAAUGUGUCCCGUACCUCCUUUUGGCUGCCACCUGCACUGCCGCCAUCACAAUGGAGUGUUUUUAAAUGAGGGAGGGAAGGUAGCUUAUUCCCCAAAGCGUCUUGUGGGACUGAUUCCUGUUGGCAGGGGUCGUCUCUGAAUGCCAGGUAUUUCCCCACUGCUCUGUGAAAUUUGGCUGGGUGACCCUUCUGGUUUCUUCUUACCUUCUGUGUUACAAUUCUGCAUGUCCUGCUGUCCCUCAAGUCUUCUCAAUUGUGCAUUUUCUUUGCCCUAGAGACACAAAUAUAAUCUCUCCCUUUGUCCCACCACCACCGCUCCAGGUCACAGUAGACUGUAGCCUGCCAGAGGGUUCCUUCCCUCGUCCUAUCAAAGUCUUCUUUCGUUGCCCCAUAUUAAUACGACUAUAGGAGAACCAAUUAAGUAGAAACCAACGUAUACAUAUAUGCGCGCACGCCCCCUCUGCACGCGUUCGCGUGGUCUCCAGAGGAUCCGUAAAGAAAGAGUUCUGGAUUGAGAAAUACGUAGUUGACACGUCCCUCCUCUAAAAACAAACCAGCUGAUGUAUUUUUAAUCUGUUUCUAGUCCAUCCUGUAAUUAAUUUGGUGGGUUCUACUUGUUUUAAUAUAAACGCAGGGUAUGCAGCACGUUAAUAAAAUCAGAACUCUUAAUUGGCUGACACCCA